AUGAAGCUUUCGGUAGCUUCCGUUGCGGCCCUCUCCUUAGCCGGUGGGGCAUACGCCUUCUUCCCCAACACUGAGCAGAACCCCCUCAUUGCCUCUUCCAAGUCUUCCUCUGCUCUCUCUCCAUCCAUUGCCCAGAUCCAGGAGCAGCUUUCUGCCCUUGGUGGGGAGCACACUGCCGAGGCCAUUACGGCAUGGAACCGUAUCGCUGAGUUGUAUCCCGAGGACACCAUCUCCGCGGUGCAGGCGUUGCUCAACAAGAGUAAGCCAAAGUCUGGCGUCAAGAAGAUCCCCGACAACAAGUGGGAUUACGUUGUCGAGGGCAACGAUGUUGUGUCCGCCCUUGGAAGCAAGAUCGGUGGCCACGAGAAACUCAAGGGGACGAAGUUGAGGAUCAAGAAGCCUAAUGGUCUUGGAAUCGACGAAGACAUUAAGCAGUACUCUGGGUACCUUGAUGUCGACGAUGACGACAAGCAUUUCUUCUUUUGGUUCUUUGAGUCUCGCAAUGACCCCAAGAACGACCCCGUAGUCUUGUGGCUCAACGGUGGCCCUGGAUGUUCGUCGCUUACUGGGCUCUUCAUGGAGCUUGGCCCUGCGUCGAUCAACGCGAAGAUCCACACCGUUGACAACCCAUACUCAUGGAACUCUAACGCGUCGGUUAUCUUCCUUGACCAGCCCGUUAAUGUUGGAUACUCUUACUCUUCCAGUGAGGUUUCCAGCACCCAGGCCGCUGGAAAGGACGUUUACGCGUUCUUGACCAUGUUCUUCAACCAAUUCCCCGAGUACUCCGCUCAGGACUUCCACAUUGCUGGUGAAUCUUAUGCCGGACAUUACAUUCCCCAGUUUGCGACUGAGAUCCUCGAACACGAGGACCGCAACAUCAACCUCAAGUCUGUCCUGAUUGGUAACGGUCUUACCGAUGGAAAGACACAGUACAACUACUACCGCCCCAUGGCUUGCGGUGAGGGUGGAUACCCGUCUGUCCUCAGCGAGUCUGAGUGCCAGGCUAUGGAUGAUGCCUACCCCCGCUGUGCUUCCAUGAUUGACAACUGCUACAAGUCUGGCUCUGUUUGGUCUUGUGUCCCUGCCUCUAUCUACUGCAACAACGCCAUGAUGCGAUCUUACCAGAACACCGGAAGAAACGUCUACGACAUCCGUGGCAAGUGCGAGGACACCGACAACCUUUGUUACUCUGAGAUGGGCUGGAUUCAAAAGUACUUGAACAAGGAGGAAGUCAUGUCUUCUCUCGGUGCCGAGGUUUCCUCAUACGAGUCUUGCAACUUCAACAUCAAUCGUAACUUCCUCCUCGGUGGUGAUUGGAUGAAGCCAUUCCACACAUUCAUUCCUCCUCUCCUUGAGAAGAUCCCUGUCUUGAUCUACGCUGGUGACGCCGAUUUCAUUUGCAACUGGCUCGGAAACCACGCCUGGACUGAGGCUCUUGAGUGGCACGGAAAGAAGCAGUUCAACAAGGAGCCCCUUGCACCCUUUAUGGUCGGUUACGAGGAGAAGGGUCAGAUGAAGUCUUCCAACAACUUCACUUUCGCCAGAGUCUACCAGGCCGGACACAUGAUGCCCUACAACCAGCCCGAGGCCUCUUUGGAGCUUCUCAACAGGUGGUUGUUUGGUGAAUACUGGGCGUAG